AUGAAAAUAAUUGCCCUCUUUCAAAUAGAUGUCGCGUGGCCAACAGAUGUGUCCACCUCGCCAUGCCUGCCGCCGUUGGCUUACGUGAUUUUUGUGGGCCUUGUUGCAGGUCUCUUUGUGGUGAUGCAGAUCCUGGACAUGGUGAACUUUAUACCGCACAUUGGUGGUUUCUACUUGGUGUACCUUACUGCCUGGUCUCUACUCCUUCAGACCACCACUUUGGUCCUGCUCUUCAUCUCAACUCUUUGGGGUUACACUCUGCUUGAGACGCGUGAGCCACAAAAUGCAGGUGCUGAUGCUGCAGCUGCUAAGGCAAAUGUCCCUUUUUUUGUGAGGUUUACUCUGGCCUUGUGGUACAUUUGUCAGCCCAUUUCGAUGAUUGUGAUGAUUCUGUACUGGACCACUGUGAACCGAUUCUGGCGUCCGCUUCCUGCGACGCACUAUGACUACUGGGCCCACCUCUUUAACUGGCUGGUGCUCCUUCUGAGUUUGUUCAUGUCCAACUUGCCAUGGUCUGUGAGAAAUUCUUCUUGGGCUGUGAUUUAUUCUGUCGUUUAUUUUGUGUGGACCAUCCUCCAUCACCGUUUGGAGAUUGGCAACGGGAGGCCCUGCGCAAAUUACCCAGAUGACAAGUGCCCCCUCUAUGACAUCAUCGACUGGAACAAGCCAGGUCCAACCUUCGUUGUUUUGGCCGCUGCCUGGGUUGGCUUGCUCACGGUUUUGUGUAUCUACACGGGCUUCUUCCGUUGCCGCGAUGCUUAUGUGCGCUUGCGCUGGAGCCGUUGGAGACAAGCCAACAAAGCCAAAUGUUGGUGA